AUGAUGACAAAGUUAUAUGAUCUUGUGAAAAAGUUGUUUGAACAAUACAUGGUAGAAUAUCCUGUUUCUAUUGAAACUUGUGGGUCUAAUAUGAUACCUUCAAAUGUUGCUACCUCAGAAGCUAAUGGUGAAAGUUUUGAGGAGGACGAUUGGAAAAACCAAUUUAGAUUUAAUAUGAGGAUAAAACAAGAUGAAGUUCAAAGAAAUUAG